AUGGAUCGAAGUUGGAUGAACGCCUCACGUAUAACUGAAGACUACGAGAAUGGUGUUGAAGAGUUUUUGCAGUUUGCUCAAACUAAUGCGCAACCUAUGUGGGGAAAAUAUUUUUGUCCAUGUGUCAAGUGUGCAAAUGGGAAAUGCCAAAUAGUUAAUGACAUAACAACUCAUCUUAUUUGUGAUGGGAUAGUUCGUACUUACACAAAAUGGAUAUGGCAUGGGGAAUCGCCCGAUAGACCUGAAAUGUCACAACCUGAGCUGAUUAAUGCAGAAAUUGGAAAUCCUAUAGAAGAAAUGAUUCACGAUCUUGGGCAAGAGGGGUUUCAACAGGCACGAUUUGGGUGGAGUGACAAGAGCUUCACUGAGUUGCUUAUGUUAUUGAAAAACAUUCUUCCUGUAGAUAACAUGUUGCCGAAGAAUCACUACGAGGCAAAGAAGAUUUUAUGUCCAGUGGGUAUGGAGUACCAAAAAAUUCAUGCAUGCCGUAACGAUUGCAUUUUGUACAGAGAUGACUUUGCUAAAAUGCAUUGUUGCCUUGUGUGCGAGGUAUCAUGGUACAGACUGAACGAUGGGGAUUCCAGUGUUCAUCCAAUUGCCACCAACCGGCGUCCAGCGAAGGUGUGUUGGUAUCUCCCAAUAAUACCAAGGUUUCAGCGAUUGUUUGCUAAUGCUGAGGAGGCAAAAGACCUUACGUGGCAUGCAGAUACCAGAAAAUCAGAUGGAUGCGUACGACAUCCUGCAGAUAGUCUACAAUGGAAGAAAUUGAUCAUCUCCUUUGCGAACUUAAGUGGAUAUAGUGUCAAAGGACAUCACGCAUGUCCUAUAUGUGAGACUAAUACUAGUUUCCGGAAACUUAAACAUGGAAAGAAGGUUGUACAUACCAGGCACCGAAGAUUUCUCAAACAUUAUCAUCCAUAUCGGCGAUUGAAGAAGGCGUUUGAUGGGAGUCAGGAACAUGAAACUGCACCGAAUCCAUUAACUAGCAAUGAAGUUUAUCACCGGGACUCCUUAGAAGAGCAGGUUACGCAGGGUAGCUUUGUACCCCGUGGUCGUGACGACAUACUAAACACUGCCAUUGGGAGACCUGACCAUGGGGGUCGUGUUCGUGCAGCGGGGUCAGGUGUGACUAUUACUCUGUACUAUGGAAGGGCAUCACGUACAUGCAGUAACUCGUCCAUAUCCAUCAGUCAAUAA